CGGUUCGGCCUACUUUCCUAAUUUCAGGCCCGACUCAUUUCCUACGCAAACAGUUACGCCGCUUGACGAAGAAAUCAAUACACUUUCGCUAGUGUCGAUAUCUAUGGUGCCUGCCUCUGGAUUAUGUAUACCCAGAUGGACUUUACACCACGGCCAGGUUCGUUUACUUUGAAGACGCGAGGCAGUGCAAUUGCCCUCCACAGCGGCUACUCUGUGGAUGCGGGCAUGGCAUAUUCAGUCCUUCGUGUCAAUUAUUUUAGUUUGCGAAGUCUUGUGAUGACGCCAGCUACGGAACGUGGUAUGUAGUGCCGGAGUAUUUAAGGUAAAAACGAGCCUCCUGGCAUCCAGCAACUUUCCGCGCGGCAUCCCACCAUGAAGCUCCUUCCAGUAUUCAACGUGUUAGCCAUUGGAACGUCGUUCAUCCCCGUCGUCCUUGGUGCAUAUGUAAGGGCACCUUCCAGCUUCAUCGAGGAAACCUCUUCGACGGUCAUUGAUCAGACUUCUGUGACCUCAAUUCUGCCUCCUGUAACUUCCGUGGUGUCUCCGCCUACCACUACAGCCGUAGUGUCGUCGUCAGUGACAGCUGUUGCUCUUACCACAAUUACGGUUUCAAGUCCUAUCAAUUCUACCACUGUAGUGUUCUCGUCCGGAGAUGGCGCAUCUUCUUCUCUGGCCGGAUCUCCAUCCUCUUCGCUCGUGUUCGGAACUCCCACCACCUCCCUGGGUGGUACUACGACUUCUGCUCUGACUUCUUCGCUUGCGGGUGGUUCUCCGAGCAUCCCCAGUUCGCAAGUCUAUCUCACAAGUACUGCAGUAGUCUCGACCUUCACCAACGGCGGUACAACUACUCUUCCUAGCGUCACAGUAUCGAUCAUCAAUAGCACUGCAAUCCCUAUCUCCUCCAUCAGUGACGGUGCCACGAUUCCAUCGUUUUCCAUCACUACUGAAGGCCCACAGAGCACCACGGGAAUUUCGACUGUGACCUCAUUUGCCGACACGACCAUCUCCAGAUCACCUGUCACGAUAUCUACUACCGUUUCGGGCGCUCCGACCAGCGCCAACGUCAGCAUCACCACCAUCACUAGUACCACAGUCCCGGUCAUUAGCAACACUGUCGUUAUUGUUUCCUGCGACAGUAGUGGCGGUACCACGGUUCCCGCGUCUUGCGUCGUCACAAAGAGCACGCAGAGUACAAGAUCUAGCUCUGUGUCUAACAGCACCAGCACCGUCGGCGGAACCACCACUGCCGCCACCUCGCUCGUUGGGGCAGUUAAUGGUGGUAUGAAGAUGUCGAGUGUGAAGUGGCUGUGGUCGGGUGUCGUUGUUCUUGUUGGUGCGAUGGCGUUUUAGAAUUAAAGGUUCUGGACUUAAAAUGGUCAUUGACGUUAUCAUGCGGUACGGUAAAUUGAAACAAUACCUUUGGAUUUUGAACUUGUGGACCCCUCCUUUUCUAUAUACACUCCUCACGAACGCUGUCUAGAAUGGUACUAAUGAUACCAUAGACAUGCGAACUGUGGACUAUCUUUUACAUUUUUGAC